AUGGUUGCCCAAAAUAUGAUUGUUCUAAAAAAAGAGUUCUUGCAACUACAAGGCGCUUAUGAAGCGCAACAUGAUCAAAUAGCGUUGCUAAGGGCCAAACUUGAAGAACAUUGCGACCAAUCACGUAAUCAACACAUCUUUUAUUCAAAUCAAAUCCAAGGAGCUGCCACUUCCAUCCAAGCUAUGCAAGACCAGCUUCUCCAUCUAUCCCCUUCUCGAUCCACAGCUCCUCCUCCUCCACCUUCUGGCACUGCCACCUCCACCAAUCUCCCACCUGCUCCUACAACUUCUAACUCCAAUUUAAAGUUUGCCAAGCCCAACAAAUUUGGCAGGAAGAAAGAAGAUGCCCUGAAUUUCAUUAUCGCCUGCCAGGCUUAUAUAAGGGCAAAAGGGGCCAACCAAUCCCAUGAAGAGAAAAUUUUGUGGGUCACAUUGUAUUUCAAGGGAGCGGCGGAAGACUGGGUUUGCCCAUACAAAGAAAGGAAGGUGUUUAGGAGUGAAGCGGUCCCCUUAUUAAAAGAUAUUGAUGUAUUUUGGGCCAAAUUCACCAAGCACUAUGUGGACACCAAUUGCAAUGAAAAGUAUUGCCAAAAAUGGAACAAUUUGCGGCAGAAGGCUUCAGUCCAGGAAUACACUCAAGAAUUCCAACAAUACUCUGUAUCCUUGGGCUAUAGUGAUGAAACCUUGCGCAACAAAUACUACAAUGGCCUCAAAAAUGAAAUCAAGGACAUCAUGUUAUCUACUAUGUUCCAAUGGCAUCGUGCUACCGCUCAACAAGUCUAUGACAAGGCAGAAGAAAUUGCAAAUCAUAUUGAAUCUACUCGCUUAUCCAACCCCCCUGCCUCUACCAUUUGUGCCACUUCUACUGUUGUUCCCACUUCCAAUCCCAACUCCCCUCCCACUCAUACUUGUCUUAAUGUGGGAGAUAAUGUAUAUAUGGUUGAUCCUACUACUUGCCGCGCCAAGAAAGGCGCUAUCACUUCAAUUGUUUGCACUACCUCUGGCAAUAUGCCAAAUGUCAGGUGGAACAGAGAAUCUAAAGACACAAUGAUCCCAUUCCCCUCCCUUAAAAAAGAUGAACGGCCUGCCGCUGCUGUCCCAGUCAAGCCCAUCCUUGCUCCCACCCCUGUCCUGGCCUCAAAUUCCAAAGGCCCAGUUCCCAUGGAUCUUGAUGGAAGGGGUUUGGCUAACCUCACUUGCCAUGUAUGCAGUGGUAAAGGCCACUUUGCGCGAAAUUGCCCCUCUAAGCCCAUGUCUGGACAUGUGGCUAAUGUCAAAUGGUCUUGGGAAAGGCCCAAGGAGGAAAGCCAAAUUGAAGUUGUUUCCAAUGAGGAGGAGUUGGGAAAAGGAAAAGCCAAGGCCAACUAA